AGCAACGGAAGAAAUACUCCAAUGUUAUAAUGCAGGAGACGUCUCAGUAUCAUGUGGAGCACCUGUCCACCUUCAUGAUGGACAAGACAGAGUCCAUUGCUACAGUGGACGAUGCCAUUAAGAAGCUGGUGCUACUGAACUCUAAAGACAAGAUCUGGACCCAGGAGAUGCUGCUUCAGGUCAGCGACAAGGCUGUACGGCUACUGGACGUUGAUACACAGGAAGAGUUGGAGAACUUCCCCCUGCCUACGAUCCACCACUGUCAGACAGUGUUGAAUCAGACCAGGUAUCCAUCUGUCCUUCUGCUGGUGUGUCAAGACACCGAACAGCACAGACCUGACAUACACUUCUUCUACUGUGACGAGGUCGAGGCAGAGAUGGUCCAUGCAGACAUCGACAGUGCCCUGGGUGACAACAAACAUGGGAAGAAGAUGCGACCACAGACCUUGAAGGUGAACCAGGAGAAGAUGAAGCGCCACAGAGAGACCAUCAUCCCCGCCUCCUCGGCCCCUAAAGGCCCGACCCCAGGAGGCCGCGUGGCUGCCAUGAACAUGCAGGAUGUGGAAAGACGAGGUUCCGCGCAGCAGGACCCAGAGUCCCACGAGAAGCUGGCCCAGCGCAUUGAGAAGGACGUGCAAAUCCUGAACUGUUCCCUGGAUGACAUUGAGGUGUUUGUGUCUCGGCUGCAGAAGGCUGCAGAGGCCUUCUCUCAGCUCCACCAGCGCAACAAGAGUAAGAAGAGUAAGAAGAAAGGCCCAGCAGACGGCAUGCUGACCCUGAGAGCGAAGCCCCCCUCCGAGGCAGAGUUCAUUGAUAGCCUACAGAAACUGAAGCUCGCCUUCAACCUACUGGCCAAACUGAAGAAGCACAUCCAGAAUCCCAGUGCUUCUGAACUGGUGCACUUCCUCUUUGGCCCCCUGGAUUUGGUUCUCCAGUCCUGUGGUAGUCCAGAGCUGCCACGCUCCGUGGUCUCCCCUCACCUGUCCAGAGAUGCAGUAGACUUCCUGAGAGGUCACCUGUCGCCUAAGGAGAUGACCAUCUUUGAACUGCUGGGAGACGGGUGGACACGACCUAGGGCGGACUGGCCGCGGGACCAGUGUGCUCCUACUUACUUCCCUAAAUUCAGGAACGGGUGGGAGCCCCCAGCUGAGCUGUUCAGGACCUCCCCGUGGGAGACAGAGGGAUCAGGGGAACCUCCCAGGUCCCCCAUAUCCAACCUCAUGUCCCCCUUCAAGUCAGAUGAGAUUUUUGGAACCCAGUCUUUAAACUCAUCGAAUGGGUCCAACAAUGGGCUGACCUCCUUGUCCCGUAAAUAUGCCAAGAUCCGCUACCACUUUGUGGCCCGCAAUGCCAACGAACUGUCAGUACUGCAGGACGAGGUGCUUGAGGUGAUAGAGGACGAUAAACAGUGGUGGAAACUGAGGAACAGGAGUGGCCAGUCAGGAUACGUCCCCCACAACAUCCUGGAUGUGGUCAUACUAGAGGAACCACACGGCAUGGCUGAACCUCUCUAUAGCCAGGUUGGCCAGCCCUACAGCCCGACCUCUCCCUCCAGCUCUCUAGGUAGAGGGGAGAGCUUUGACCUGGGCCGCUUCAAAGAAUCUCGGACACACCAGAUGGAUGAGGUGAAUGAUGAGUUGUUGAAGAGGAUCACUACUAAUAAGUCCAAUCCUCCGGGCCGUAACUUCAGGGUGGAACGCCCCUCAGACAGCAGCUCCUCUCCUCCUCUCACAUUAGACUCCAGCCCACCGCAGGUCACCGCCUGGCUCAAUGCCAAGGGAUUCUCUAAACCGACGGUGGAGUGCCUGGGGAACCUGACGGGUGCUCAGCUCUUCUCUCUGAACAAGGAGGAACUGAAGGCAGUGUGUGGAGACGAGGGAGCCAGGGUCUACAGCCAGACCACCGUGCAGAAAGCCCAGCUAGAGAAGAGCAGUGGGGAUUCAGAGCUCCAAGAGAUCAUGAGACGACGACAGGAGAAGAUCGAUGCCGGCAAGGACUAAUCUGAGCGUGGUCAAUGACUGUCAACCAAUCACAGCUCAGCACGGCUGGUCACCAUAACAACCCUCUCCAGUACCAACCAACCAGAAGCCUUCCCCUCCCACAGUGCCCACCAUUUCACCAACUAUUUUGAUCAGACAAUCAACAGUUAACAUUGGCAUUUAAUAUAAAUGUUAUAUACAUUUAUUUAAAUUAUAUAUUUAUUUUUCUUCUUAGUGAAUGUGUAUGUUUACCUUUUUCUUCAAUGAUGUUCUCUAGUAAUUAUGACUGUUGCUUUUUGCUGCUUUGCCUGACAAUGUUUCUAACUUUGUAUAGUGGUGAGGGACCAUAUUAAUUUACAGAUAGUAGUGAGGGACCAUAUUAAUUUACAGAUAGUAGUGAGGGACCAUAUUAAUUUACAGGUAUAGUGUGAGGGACCAUAUUAAUUUACAGAUAAUAGUGAGGGACCAUAUUAAUUUACAGAUAAUAGUGAGGGACCAUAUUAAUUUACAGAUAAUAGUGAGGGACCAUAUUAAUUUACAGAUAAUAGUGAGGGACCAUAUUAAUUUACAGAUAAUAGUGAGGGACCAUAUUAAUUUACAGAUAAUAGUGAGGGACCAUAUUAAUUUACAGAUAAUAGUGAGGGACCAUAUUUAUUUACCGGUAUAGUGUGAGGGACCAUAUAAAUGUACAGGUAUAGUGGUGAGGGACCAUAUUAAUUUACAGGUAUAGUGUGAGGGACCAUAUUAAUUUACAGAUAGUAGUGAGGGACCAUAUUAAUUUACAGAUAGUAGUGAGGGACCAUAUUCAUUUACAGAUAGUAGUGAGGGACCAUAUUAAUUUACAGAUAAUAGUGAGGGACCACAUUUAUUUACCGGUAUAGUUUGAGGGACCAUAUACAUUUACAGGUAUAGUGUGAGGGACCAUAGUCAUUUACAGGUAUAGUGUAAGGGAGAUGGUUUGUGCAUCUGUGAGUUUGUGCAGCUGAGUGUGUGUGUGUGAGUGCGUAUGUGACUGAUGGCUGUGUGUGACUGACGGCUGUGUGUGACUGACGGCUGUGUGUGACUGACGGCUGUGUGUGACUGACGGCUGUGUGUGACUGACGGCUGUGUGUGACUGACGGCUGUGUGUGACUGACGGCUGUGUGUGACUGACGGCUGUGUGUGACUGACGGCUGUGUGUGACUGACGGCUGUGUGUGACUGACGGCUGUGUGUGACUGACGGCUGUGUGUCCCUGACGGCUGUGUGUGACUGACGGCUGUGUGUGACUGACGGCUGUGUGUGACUGACGGCUGUGUGUGACUGACGGCUGUGUGUGACUGACGGCUGUGUGUGACUGACGGCUGUGUGUGACUGACGGCUGUGUGUGACUGACGGCUGUGUGUGACUGACGGCUGUAUGUGAGUCCAUGUUUUAUUUUCAGGGAAUUCUUGAAGAAAUGUUUUUUGUGAAAUCGAAUCAAUAAGGUCCUCAAUGUAUAUUGUCAAAUUGGAUGUUAAUGUUCACAUAUCUGAUUAUACUCCAGUGUAUUAAAAUGUUAUACUGUGUACUGAAUAAUGCUACAUUAUAAUUUUGAGCAGUCUGUAUUCUAUACUCAUAUCCAGUCACACUGUCCAAAUUGCUAAAUAUCCUCUAACUAUUACUAAAUAUAGUUCUGUAAUUCAUUUCACAUAUCCUCCAACUUUUGCAUCCCUGUGCCACAGUCUAUAUGAAGUAUGUUUUAACGUUUACAAUUUUCAUCCAAUCACAUUUCUGUUCUGUGUACACGUGUUCAUUCCUUCAAUAAUAAACCCGAGUUCAAUUCUA